CUCCCAUAUCAUUCAUAACCUUAUGAUCGAACCCCCAGUGUUCCCUCACGAUAGGUCAUGAAAAACCGAAAAGGUUUCGACCACGACUGCGAUACGACUUUUGACCUGCUCCGACGCACCUAUCCUUUCUCGUGGACUCAUUGUUCCUCCCGUCAGCAACAACGCCUUCUAGGACCUGUUCUACAGCGACCAGCUCUAUCCAACACCGCGCGCAUAUGAUUCUGCCGUCAACCAACAGAAGUUAAAAACCGGUGCAAAGUAGCCAGUGGACGUAGUAGGGGUGGUGGACGGCAUAGGCCGGAAACGGGACGGCCCGACCGCAGGAUGCCAGCAAUCCCAGCCGGCGCAGCCAGCAGACUCCCCCCGGCCGUAACGCUCAAACUCAUCCUCCCAAAAGCAACACCGAUACCCCAGAAGCAAUUCCCCACGCCUACACCAACGCCAAUACCAAUGACAACGCCCGACCUCCGCUUCAAUGGAGACGGAGCCGAGCACACAGUUCCCAUACUCAUGGAACCCAUCUUGCCCGCGCAGGAGAACGAUGGGUUCACAUCCUCAGCCGUCGUGGGGAUCGUCUUUGCGGUGAUAUCGAUAGCGUUGAUAUUGGCCGCUAUGUGUUGGCGGUAUAGGAACAGGCAGUGGAUGCCGCGGGCGGGUGUAUCGCCGAACAAAACGAAGCUGCCCCGGCCGGCGCCCGGCUCACCCGUACAUGACUCGUAUCAACUACCAGUGGUGCAGAGGCCUAAUCCGCAGGAGGAUAUCGAGCGCCUCACCGAUGCUUUUUUCGGCUCAACGGCGACAGCGAGAUCUAAGCAGUCGACUGUUGUUGCGACACCGGAGGCGAUUGAUAUCAGCCUGCCUACAUCUUGGGCGUUGAAGACGCCGCCAUCAGCGUAUGAGGAUCCAAGGGCGUCGUCGGUCGAUCUCCCAAUGGCAGAUUUCCUGUUACCUCCGCGAGCAAGCAUCGUUCCUGUAGGCCCUCGGGUGUACAAUGAACGGAGCUCUAGCAUACAGCCUAGCAGGCGGUCUCUCAUACACCCCACCAUCCAACCGAACAUGCGGCACCACAAGCCGGUGACCGCCCAGCCACCACAGACCAAACCGAAAAGAGGACAUACGAAAACCCCACGGCGUAAUUCAGGGGAUAUUUUAUUACGGCAGCUAUUCGAUGCGGGCAUGUUUGGCCCGCCAGCGAGAAUAUCGGCGUCGUCGUCUAAUAGUACUGGGACGGAGGCCAGUCUUAGUAGAUAUCUGGAUGAAUAGUUGUAGCUAGCUUUGCUCCUCCCAAUAUUACUGUAUC